AUGGCAAACGAACUAAAAUUUCUUCCUGUCGACGAAGAUGAGUUUAAACAAAAUAACAGCCUUUUUGACCGACCAUCAAAUCCGAUCGGCGAAGUUCAAUUGGAAAGUACCGGCGCCUUGAUUACCAAGCAUUAUGUUCUCUCCGCUGAAAAAAUUUCGCAAAUGGAAGUGCGGCCCGACGAUGUUUGGGUGAUCAGUCUUCCGAGAAGUGGAACAACGCUAGCCGAAGAAAUGAUUUGGUUGCUGAAUAACAAUUUAGAUUUCGAAAAAGCCAAAGCUCAGAAUUUAAGCAAGAGAUUCAUGUUCUUAGAAUUGGUUGCUAAAAUGAAAUUCUUCAAAGGCGCAGGUGAAUUCGACGAUUUAGACGCCAUUAACCGUGCCCCAUCUCCUCGACACAUUAAAAGCCAUUUGCCACUUGAACUUUUGCCGAAGCAAUUAGUUGGAGCAGUAAAACCUAAGAUUUUCUAUAUUUGUCGGAAUCCUAAAGAUAUAGCGGUUUCGCAGUUUCACUUCUUUCAAAUGCUUUAUCGUUUUAAAGGAACGUUCGAUGAUUUUGCUAAACUGUUUUUAAAUGAAAAAAUGAAUUAUCAGCCAUUUUGGAGCCAUGUCAACGCUUUUUGGGAACUAUCAAAAACUCACCCUAAUAUAAAAAUGAUUUCUUAUGAAGCCAUGAAUCAAAAUUUAUCAGAGGUGAUUCAAGACGUAUCGAAAUUUCUGAAUAAAUCGGUUACCGUAGAUGAUUUAGAAAAGCUGAAGGUUCACCUUAGUUUCGAUAACAUGAAACAAAAUCCGUGCAUAAAUAAACAAGAGCAAUUUUUACGAAAUAAGAUUGUCAAUGAGCCAAAGGAUGUACAGUUCUUGAGAAAAGGAGAAAUUAAUGAAUGGAAGAAAACGAUGAGUCCUGAAAUCGUCGAAUUGUUUGAUAAAUGGAUUGAAAAAAAUACAAAAAAUAGUGAUGUAGAUACGUUAUUUAGGUAA